AUGGAGGACGAUGGAACCAAGGCGAUGCAGAACCAGUUCUAUGAGACCCAGGUCAUCAAGCAAGAGCAUGAGUCUGUCUAUGAGAGGAGAGCACUAGACAUGGAGCCGCAGCAGCAGUCCUACUGCCCAGUAGAAGGGAAGACAGAGAUGAAACAAGAAGGACCCACCAGCUUCCUCCCUCCUGAAGCUCCUCAGCUCAAGCCCGACAGACAGCAGUUCGAGAGUCACAAGAGGCCUUACGAAGAAAACCGGGGCCGCGGGUACUUUGAGCACCGAGAGGAUCGGAGGGGCCGCUCCCCUCAGCCUCCCGCCGAAGAGGAUGAAGAUGACUUUGAUGACACCCUUGUUGCCAUCGAUACAUGUAACUGCGACCUCCACUUCAAGGUGGCCCAAGAUAGGAGUAGUGGCUAUCCGCUCACACUCGAGGGCUUUGCAUACCUUUGGUCAGGAGCCCGUGCCAGCUACGGGGUCAGGAGGGGCCGUGUGUGCUUCGAGAUGAAGAUCAACCAGGAAAUCUCUGUGAAGCCCCUUCCGUCUACAGAGCCCGAUCCCCACGUUGUUCGAAUCGGCGGGUCCCUGGACUCCUGCAGCUCCCAGCUAGGAGAAGAGCCUUUCUCCUAUGGCUGUGGAGGCACUGGAAAGAAGCCCACCAAUAGCCGAUUUGAAGACUGCGGAGACAAGUUUGCAGAGAACGAUGUGAUUGGCUGUUUUACGGACUUUGAAUGUGGAAACGAUGUGGAACUUUCCUUCACCGAGAAUGGGAAGUGGAUGGGCAUUGCCUUCCAAAUCCAGAAGGGGGCCCUGGGGGGUCAGGCCCUCUGUCCUCAUGUCCUGGUGAAGAAUUGUGCCGUGGAGUUCAACUUCGGACAGAGGGCAGAGCCCUACGCUUCUGUCCUCCCAGGAUUCACCUUCAUCCAGCACCUUCCCCUCCGCGAGCGGAUCCGCGGCACCGUUGGACCAAAGAGCAAGGCAGAAUGUGAGAUUCUGAUGAUGGUGGGCCUACCUGCUGCCGGCAAGACCACUUUGGACAUCAAACAUGCAGCCUCCAACCCUUCCAAGAAGUACAACAUCCUGGGUACCAAUGCCAUCCUGGAUAAGAUGCGGGUGAUGGGCCUGUGCCGACAGCGGAACUACGCUGGCCGCUGGGACGUCCUGAUCCAGCAGGCCACCCAGUGCCUCAACCGCCUCAUCCAGAUCGCCGCCCGCAAGAAACGCAACUAUAUCCUAGACCAGGUGCUCGCUGGUGGCAGCAUGUCCUCGGGAGGGGGGCGGGGCCUCUUGGGUUCCCCUCCAGCCUUCUCCUUUCUCAGUGCUUUUCGGCUGUGGUGCUGGCCAGGGUUCAGCCAUACACGAGGAUGCAGUCUGGACUCUGCACAGCUCCCAAGCCCAGUCUGCUGGGUUUGGAGCCACAACCAGGCCUGCUAG